GUUUCAUCUCUAAGCCACGACGGAUCAAAGCUCACAUCAGCACAGUAAGCAUGAUCGUAAAUACAUCAUGCACAAUCUUCUUGACCUAAACGUACAGGAGUGGGCAGCCCUAUUAUGCUCCGCCGUUGAGUUGUAUCAAUUGAGGGUCAAAUCUUGAUCCCUCGGGUUUGCGGACUCGGCGAGGUGAGAGCCGUUAUAUUGUUCCAUACGUGCAUUACUCCGGGGUUUGGUCGCAUUCUUUGCAGGGCAGCAUACAUCUCUAACUUGUCAUUUUCUUUCUGCUGUCGCUCGCCGUCACUUGUCGCUUCUAGGGUUGCACGAUACCACCCUGCGCCAUCCCGCCAAGCAAACAUUCUUAUCUCAGCGGACUUCUCUCGCACUUGACCGUAACCCUUGUUACGACCUCACUGUGAGGCGAAGCUGCGGCAUACGCGGCGCCAACGCCCUCAUCGUCCACUUGACUCACCGACUCGUCUGCAUUUGUACAUAAAAUGAGCCUUCCCUUCCAUGCAUCAGCCAAUCGACCUCUGCUCAACAACGCCAUGCUACCUCUCCAAAUCCAAACCCAAUACACGCCCAUCGAGGACUCCAACGUGCGCCGCAGAACUGCAACCACCAUGUCUACGGGAAUAUCGACUCUCCUGCACAUCUCCAUGACCAUCCUCAUGCUUGACGCCGCUCUCGAAAUGGCCUUGCUCAGCUCAAUGGUCUACUGGCUCAACCAACAAACCGGGUUCUUCUACAUCAACUACGGCUCAUCCUACUUCUCCCUCCACGGCAAACCCGCCAACCUCCUCACUGAUCACGGCCACACCACCAACGGCGCCGCCGGCACAGUCUUCGUCGCAAUCGGCCUAGGCGGGAUUUUGGCACUCUGCCUCCGCUCCCGCUGCGUCCGCAACCACGGCCAUGUGAAGGGGUUUGCAGCCUUCCUUUACAACUUGUGGCUCGUCAUGACACUCCUCUCAGCCCUCCUCACUAUCUCCGCUCUCAUCGCCACCAUGUACUUGACCGCCAUUCACGCGGGUCAGAAAAUUGACAUACAGUAUGCCAGCACGCUUCACAACGAGCCUUUCCCCAACUUCGUGGCUUACGCGCUACUGGCUUGGACGCCGGAGAACUGGUUCACGGCUAUGCUGCAGUUACCUUUGAGCAGCGCAUCUGAUCGAUCGAUUAUCAGCACGCAUUUGACGCUGAUGAAGGUUUGGAAGUGGAAUCUCGUGCCCUUGUCGGUUUUGGGCAUGGCAGUCUGUGUGUUGGCGUUUGUGGACCGGACGCAGAAGCGAAGGGUUGAGAGGAGGGAGAUGGAGUUUGGGUACACCGGCAGGAAAAGUGUGCCUAGCUAAAACGCUGGAGAUACAGACAGAUCGUUGUGACAGACUGCAAUAGAGAGCAUGUACGCAAGUGACU